AUGCAAAUGAAGGCUACUUCCAUUACCUUUGACCGACACGGUGAUUCAGUUAAGUUUCGAUUCUUUGUUCAGGGCUACGAGCAAACUGCUGCCGAUGAAGAUAAUGGCGAUGACUCCUCGGAGGGGAAAAAGCAAUUCAUCACUGCCACCGAGCUCACCACACAGGAGCUCCGUCUCACAUCUCGAACAAAAUGGGUGACCAAAGGGUUCAAGUGGAAGAGCGAAUCGUCUAAUGGACUUAAAACCCGUACGAUCGUUAUUGAAUGCAAGUAUGGAGACGACAAUUUGCAGCAUUCCGACAUUGUUCGAAUUGAAGUGUUUGCUCCAUGGACGUCCGACUGUGACAAGGGCAAGCGACUGCUGAAGGCGGUGGAGUGGGCAAAGCUUGUCGUCGACGCUAACUUAAAGUUUCAGGAGCUGCUACAAGAGAAGUAA